AUGUCAUUGAAACAGGAAAUCGAGACGUGGGUGCAGGCCCUCGCUCAUUACGACAACAAUGAGUUCGAGGAAGCGAUCAAAGUCUUUGAAAAUAUUGCCGACACAUCCAAAAUCUUAUUCAAUAUUGGCGUGAUUUAUGCGACAUUGGGUGAACAUGAGAAAGCGGUGGACUACUACCAACGUGCCAUCAGCCUGGAUAACUAUCUCGCAGUGGCCUACUUCCAAGAGGGCGUGUCGAACUUUCUCCUGGGGGAUUUUGAGGAGGCGCUGGCCAACUUCAACGACACAUUACUCUAUCUCAGAGGAAACACGUCCAUCGACUAUGAGCAGCUGGGGUUGAAAUUCCGUCUAUACUCCUGCGAGGUCCUCUUCAACCGCGGUCUCUGUUAUAUCUACCUCCAACAGAUGGAGCCGGGCAUGCAAGAUCUAGAGUAUUCUGCGAAAGAGAAAGUCACACCCGACCACGAUGUGAUUGACGAGGCCAUCCGGGAGAGAGCAGAGGGUUACACGGUUUUCUCAAUUCCCGUUGGCGUGGUUUACCGGCCGAACGAGGCCAAAGUCAAGAAUCUCAAGACCAAAGAUUACCUUGGCAAAGCCCGGCUCGUGGCGGCGUCUGACCGAAACAACGCCUUUACCGGCUUCCAGGGAUCUGAAUUGAAGAAAGCAAUGGCCCAAGAGGCUAAGGACGAUCGGCCCGCCGAAAAUAUAUCCUAUGCAGCAACCAACCUAGUACAAAAGAAUCUGACCAGUCGAAGUCGACAGCAAUCUGAACCACCCAUCGGCCGCAAUACGUUUCCUCCGACACCACCGCCAGAGUCGGACAAGCCGAUCAACAUCGGCGGGAACGGUUCGGCUGGGAAUAGUGGUGGUAUGACACAGCGUGCAGCGUCCGUGCGAUCUGGGAGGCCACCGCAGCUUGACCUCGACCGGCCCGGUGCAAGGACAAACGGUCGAACCGGUGGGGAUAUGCCUUCCAUGGAACAAUCGAGGAUUGGGAGGACGAGGGCCGCGUCUGAGACUCGCGGACCACCUACGCGCCAGUAUUCCAACGCGCGUGCCCGUGAUGUGGGAAGACUGCGACAGUAUCGGGAGCCGGGAUCUAGACGGGGAAUGAGCGACAGCGGGUUUGCCAUCGUCAGCGAGGAUGCCUAUGCGGAUGAUGUGUACGACAUGUAUACCAGCCCUCGCUCCAACGGCACCGGCCGAGGGGUCCGUAAUCAGCCGCGGUAUAUCGACGAGGAGAAAGAAUACGUGAGCGACGCGUACGAGGACGACCCUGUAGAAGACGGGGAAUUCGAGAUGAUGGUCGCACCGACGUCACGCGCACAGUCACGACGGGCAAUGUCCCGCAGUCGCGAGAUCCGCAAGUUCCGCGUCAAAGUGCACGCGCAGGACGACACGCGGUAUAUCAUGAUCGGGGCGGACAUCGACUUUGGCGAGUUUGAGGGGCGAAUCCGGGAGAAAUUCGGCUUCCGGGGUCGGCUGCGGAUCCGGAUGCGCGACGAGGGCGAUAUGAUCACCAUGGCCGAUCAGGAUGACCUGGAUUUGCUGUUGAGUUUGGCCAGAGAUGCGGCCAGGAGGGAGCAGAAUGACAUGGGGAAGAUGGAGAUCUGGGUCGAAGAAAAAUAA